AUGGCGAAAUCUCCGGACUCAACAGCCUUAGUGACGGCAAACAUAUUCAACGGCCUUAGUUGGUUCAGGAGUACACCUGAAAACGUCAAGAAAAUGGGUACCUCUGUCGACGUUCAACCAUGCCCACAGAACAUUCCACUUCCGGUCUUAUUUAUCAAUAAAGGACAAGCGACGAUAAUGGGGACGACCAAAGGUUACGUUGCAAUAUUCGAAGCGAAACGUGGUAAGAGGAUACAAGCUUUGAAGCAUGGGGAAGACGAAAUAUGGGUAACCGCUCUUGCCUAUAUCGAUCUGGCGGGUCGUCGUAGAAUGAUCGCUUCGGGUGAAGGAAAUUGCGGACAACGUACAAGGAUUGUUAUAUGGACUCAAGAUGAAGCUGAUGGACCUAGUAAACAACAAAAAAUAUCAAAGUUCUGGGGUGUUCUAACGAGAUUUAUUAAAUUUACAACGACUGUGGGGCAUAUGGUUCUCAUACUGAUGGGUGUGGUCUUUGCGAUGUCGUGGUUAAUCUCUGCCCAGUGGAGAGAAAGAGAAUCAGCAAACUUACUACAAUAUUUUGGAAGGUCGUUUGUUCCUCCUCCUCCUCCUCCGCCUCCCGUGGUUCCUUCUGCUACACCAACUGGUCAAUCGCCAUCAUUGACAAAGCUCAAAGAAUUAUUGAUCAGUUUAGAGGAUCUUUUGACAAACUGA